GGAGCUUGCGCAAUAUGUUUUGCACGGCCCUGGCUCUUGGCAGUGUAUGUUUGUUGUUGUUGUCAUAUUAGGAGAGUGAAAGAGGCAUUUAUUAUCGGGGCCAUAACCGUGAACGUGUCGCAUGAGGUUAGUACAUGAGCCCCACCCUGCCAUGAGAGCGGACCACCAGGUCAGCAGCCCCCCCUCCUUCUGCAGUUGAUGGAUCUGCAGCUGGUCCAGAGAUGACAGACAGCGUCAGGGCCUUCCUCCAGAAUGUUGCGACGGGGAUCAAGGACUCCAUAUUGGGGAUCGGAACCAUCUCCAAGCUGGAUGCUCGCAUCCAGCAGAAAAGGGACGAGCAGCGGAGAAGGAGGGCCAGCGGGGCCCUCGCACAGAGACGGGCACAGAGUGAGGAACGCAAACCGGACAAUGAGCCUAGAGUAGCCAGCAGGAUAUUUCAGUGCUGUGCCUGGAAUGGAGGAGUGUUCUGGCUCAGUCUGUUUCUCUUCUACCGGGUCUUCAUCCCCCUGCUGCAGACCCUCACAGCAAAAAUCAUCGGUGACCCCUCCCUCCACGGCAGCGUGUGGUCCUGGCUGGAGUUCAUCCUGACCUCCGUCUUCAGCGCUCUGUGGGUUCUCCCUCUGUUCGUCCUUAGCAAGAUAGUGAACGCCAUCUGGUUCCAGGACAUCGCUGACCUAGCGUUUGAGGUGUCCGGCGUCAAAGCCCAGUCGUUCCCCAGCGUCAGUAAGAUCAUCGCCGACAUGCUGUUCAACCUGCUGCUCCAGGCGCUCUUCCUCAUUCAGGGGAUGAUUGUCAGCCUGUUCCCCAUCGACGCGAUCGGACAGAUGGUCAGUCUCCUCCACAUGUCUCUGCUCUACUCCCUGUAUUGCUUCGAGUAUCGCUGGUUCAACCACGGCAUCGAGAUGCACCAACGACUGUCCAACAUCGAGAGGAAUUGGCCAUAUUACUUUGGCUUCGGUUUACCCAUGGCUCUGCUGACCGCCAUGCCCUCCUCGUACAUCAUCAGUGGCUGCUUGUUCUCCAUCCUCUUUCCUCUGUUCAUCAUCAGUGCAAAUGAAGCAAAAACACCAACAAAACUAUAUCACUUCCAGCUGCGGCUCUUCUCUCUGGUCGUGCUGAUCAGCAACAAGCUUUUCCACAAGACCGUCCACCUGCAGUCGUCUCUGACGCCGUCGCCCUCGUCCGAGAAGCUGGCCUCGCCCCACACCUCCCCGAACCGCCACAGACUGCUGCAGCACAGCCAGUGAUGGAGCCACGCCGAGCACGGAACGAUGUCGACCAACGUUUGGCGUCGGCCGGUGUCGGUUCCUCCAGAUGGGUUGACCUCGAAGAAGGCGACAUGCAACGCAAGUUGAAGGGUUUAUGUAGAUUAUCCAAUCUUCGGCGGCUGGGUUCGGUUUUAAUCCGCGCCAGGCACAUUUUGACUCACAUUUCUCUCUUAACACGUUAUAGGAAUAUAUACAGCUGUAACUUUAUUUUGGUUUGGUCUUCUUUCCGCAUAGGUUUUUCUUUUCUUUCUUUCUUUUUUUUUUGUUUGUAUAAUGUGCCAUUUGAGUGAUGCUUCGUAAAAAAUA